GAAAUCCGAAUCCAUGGCCGUCCUCCGCGCGUCGCCGCCGCCCUUUCUCCCCCAUCCGCUCUCGCGCCCCUCUCAGUGCAAGCGGCGCCCCACCUGCCGCGUGGUCGCAGCCACAGCCAGACCCAGUCCUGCUCCUUCCAGGCCCAGGAGCGGCGGCGUCCAUGGAGGCCGCCCCAAGAGGGGGCUUCUUGCGGCAAGGAGAAGGCCGGCGGAGGGGCGGGUGCCCUGCUUGCGGGCCACGGAGGCGGGGGUCGGUGCGGCAGGCGUCGCGAAGGAGGAAGACGAGUACCUGGCGCGGGAGGCCGGGUGGGGCGUGCGGCGGAUGGCACGGGUUGGGGAGGAGAUGCGGCGGGUGGCGCAGGUCCAGGCCGAGGCCUUCCACGUCCCCGUCGCGCUCUUCAACGACUUCUUCUUCGACUUCUUCAAAGCCGAGGUGCUGUCGGCGCUCAUCUACAGAGUGAGGAACUCGCCGCCUGACAGAUACGCUUGUUUGGUGGCUGAAGAAGCUGAGGCAGCCGACCAGCCGUCAAAGGCACCAUAUGAGAAGAUCGUCGGGGUUGUGGAUUGCACGGUGCAGGACGAAGACGGCAUCCUAAAGCACCUUCGAGGCGCGGAUGAAUACCUCUACGUGUCAGGAAUUGCAGUCUUGCCACCAUUCAGGAGGAGGAAGGUAGGGACCGCACUGCUGAAGGCCUGCGAGGCACUGGGGCUCCAAUGGAGGCACGUGUUCAUGGUUCUGAGGGCGUACGAGGAUGACGACGGCGCUCGAGGCCUCUACUCCAAGGCAGGGUACAGGGUCGUGUCAAGGGAUCCAGACUGGGUCUCCUGGGUGGGGAGGAGGAGGCGAGUUGUCAUGGUAAAGGAGCUGCCGGUUCACGAUGAUCAAUGACGCCGGCACGGUUUUGUUGAAUAUGUGUGUGUGUGUCACCAGCUAAUUUGUACUGUUUCUUGUCCAUAUUCGCGGCAUCAUGCAUGUCUUUUUGGACAAUAGAGGAGAGACAGUUGCCUAUCUUCCCACC